ACCAAGCGCAGUUCCAUAUGCAAAUAGCCAAAACAGAUCUUACGUUCUAUAUAUAUUAGAGUGCUUCGAAACUGUUGCCUGAUUUGUAAUGUGUCGAGAGAGCAGGGACGACGGUAUUGUCGACCCUAUUUUUGACGUUCGGAAUGCUGAGAGCAGCGAUGGUGACUCGGCCUAUGAAGAAGGCGAUAUCAAUUCAAUGACAACUUCGUUAUCGUCAUCGGUGUUAACAUAUGUAUACGAGAAUGGCCGAAGAUACCACCAGCUUCGAGAAGGCAACUACAUUUUCCCCAAUGAUGAGAAAGAACAAGAUCGUCUGGACAUGCUGCACCAUAUCUACAGCUUAGCGCAAGGCGGUCGACUACACAUUGCUCCCAUCUCGAAUCCGCAGCGAGCGUUGGACAUGGGUACAGGAACUGGAAUUUGGGCACUUGAUUUUGCAGAUGAAUAUCCAGAAACAGAAGUAAUGGGUGUCGAUGUUACUCCUAUUCAACCUCAAUGGGCUGCCCCCAAUUGUCGCUUCAUAAUUGAUGAUCUAGAAGAAGAUUGGGAUUACUCGCCAAGUCAACGUUUUGACUACAUUCACCAACGCAGCAUGGCCGGCAGUAUUGGCAAUUGGCCGCGGCUCUAUCAACAAGCCUUGCAGAAUUUGAAUCCUAACGGAUGGAUCGAGAUUCAAGAAUUUGACGUUUGGUUCUACUCUCAGGUUUCUGGGGGACUUCCAGAGGAUUCGUCAAUCAUGAAAUGGCAGAAACUAAUUGACCAGGGAAGCAAAAAAUUGGGUAGGCCGCUCAACUAUGCCUCGCAGUUCGCAAAAAAUCUGGAAGAUGCGGGAUUUGAAGAUGUGCGAACAGAAGUUGUUAAGACACCGAUAGGUACAUGGCCUAAGGAUCCUAAGCUUCGUGAGCUAGGGGCAUUUCUUCAAGUGCAAAUGAAUGAGGCUCUCGAGGCCGUGACACUGGGAUACUUUACCCGUGUGCUUGGAUGGUCAGACCUUGAGACUCAAGUCAUGCUGGCUCAUGUCAAGAAAGAGUUCAAUGAUAGAUCUAAGCUUCUAUAUACGUUUUGUCGAUAUGUUGUGGGUCACAAACCGGGUCAAAGCUCCUGAAGGCCAAGCUUCAAGUACACAAAGUCUGUACCGAAAUGACUUGCAAUCCGUCAUAUGAUCGGAAUAUUUCAAACUCUUUACCGGGGAGAUUCAAGAGAUAAUCGCUUUUCUUUGGCUGGUUGAGCUGAUCU